GCUUCACACGCCAGUUCCUUCCCGGCCUUUGACCCAUCGCCUCACCCGAUGACCAUAAUGCCAUCAUCAGCGCAACCGAGUCAACCCCUUUCGAGAUUCAACGCAAGAUCCACCUCCAGGACACAUUCUGGGUCAAGAACCAAGACCAACGCUCCAACUACAGUCUUGCCGACAUGCUGGGCGAUGUCAAGAUUGCCAAGCGGUUCGUCGGCGGCAACCGUCUACCAAGGGUUUCUCGGCGCGGACAGCUACCACAACUGGCAUGCCCCCGUCUCUGGCAAGUACUUUCAACCUCCCGCAAUCAUCAACGGCACGUACUACUCGGUGCCCAUCAUGUGGAGCUUCGAUAACGACCAGGGCAAGUCCGAUCCUGACGAGGCCUCGGACGAGCUCUCGCAGGGCUGUAUUUCUGCGGUCGCCAAGCGCGGCGUGGCUCUGAUCCAGGCUGACAACCCAGCCAUUGGAGUCAUGGCGAUUGUCAUGAUCGGCAUGGUCGGCAUGGCUGAGGUCUCGUCAGUCGACUUCUUCGAGAAGACCGAAAACACUUUCACCAAGGGCGAGCCGAUCGGAUGCUUUCGCUUUGGUGGUUCGACGCACUGCUUGAUCUUUGGGCCCAAUGUGAACAUCGAAUUCGCCCCGAACGCCGAUCCGUACCCAAAUCUUCAGCAGGACGAUAAGUACCAUCCGCAGGUUCAAGUCAAAAGUCUACUCGCUACUAUAACGCCACCAAGCAACUAAGACAAGACAGACUAUGAGCUUUUCUUCCCCCGACUUGCUCUACGGCGGAGUUGCACGAGAUGCUUUGGCUCACUGUCCUCGGCGCCGCCUCUUCGUAAAGCAUAAGGAAUUAAACAUCAAUAGCUAGCUUGAUCUAAUGAAAACCCUCUCUCACAUACCCGAA